ACAAAUUUUGCGCGACAAAAAACGCAUACUAUAGCUCCUCCUCUUCUGCAUACAUUCCCAUACUACAAGAUCCGCACAGACUCUCUCUCCCCCUCCCCCUCCUCUGCAAAUCCACACGCAGAAGGUUCUGCUGUGCCACAUUCUUCUCCGCUUAUCGGGUCCUCCUACCGAAGCCCCGACCCGGGCACCAUGGCCGCCGCUAACGCCCCCAUGACGAUGAAAGAGGCCCUAACGUUGCCUAGUAUUGGGAUCAAUCCCCAAUUCAUCACGUUUACGCAUGUGACAAUGGAAUCGGAUAAGUACAUUUGUGUUAGGGAGACAUCGCCGCAGAAUAGCGUCGUUAUCAUCGAUAUGAGCAUGCCCAUGCAGCCAUUGCGUCGACCCAUUACCGCCGACUCGGCUUUGAUGAAUCCCAAUUCCAGAAUUCUUGCUUUAAAAGCUCAAGUUCAAGGAACAACUCAGGACCAUUUACAAAUAUUUAACAUUGAAAUGAAAGCAAAGAUGAAAUCACAUCAGAUGCCUGAGCAGAUUGUCUUUUGGAAGUGGAUUACUCCAAAGAUGCUGGGUCUGGUCACACAGACCUCAGUAUAUCAUUGGUUAAUUGAAGGUGAAUCCGAGCCUACAAAGGUCUUUGAGCGGACGGCUAAUUUGGCAAACAAUCAAAUAAUCAACUACCGUUGUGAUCCUUCGGAAAAGUGGUUGGUCUUAAUAGGAAUUGCUCCUGGUUCAGCAGAGAGGCCACAACUUGUCAAAGGAAAUAUGCAGCUUUUUUCUGUGGAACAGAAACGUAGUCAGGCUCUUGAAGCACAUGCUGCAUCGUUUGCCACAUAUAAAGUUCCUGGGAAUGAGCAUCCAUCAAUUCUUAUUAGUUUUGCCUCAAAGUCCUCCAAUGCUGGACAGGUUACAUCAAAGAUGCAUGUAAUUGAGCUUGGUGCCCAGCCAGGAAAACCAUCAUAUACUAAGAAGCAAGCAGAUUUAUUCUUUCCUCCGGAUUUUGCUGAUGACUUUCCAGUAUCAAUGCAGAUAUCGGAAAAGUAUGGGUUGAUAUAUGUUAUCACAAAGCUUGGACUUUUAUUUGUAUAUGACCUAGAGACAGCAACUGCAGUUUAUAGAAAUCGAAUCAGUCCAGAUCCUAUAUUUUUGACAGCUGAAGCUUCAACUGUUGGGGGUUUUUAUGCAGUCAAUAGGCGAGGCCAGGUCUUACUUGCCACUGUAAAUGAACAAACAAUUGUACCUUUUGUUAGUGGUCAGUUGAACAAUUUGGGGCUUGCAGUGAGUCUUGCGAAAAGAGGAAACCUUCCCGGUGCCGAGGACCUGGUUGUCCAGCGGUUCCAAGAACUGUUUUCUCAGACUAAGUAUAAGGAGGCUGCAGAGCUUGCCGCGGAAUCUCCAAUGGGAAUACUCCGUACUCCUGAUACUGUUGCUAAAUUUCAGAGCGUUCCUGUGCAAGCUGGGCAAACCCCACCGUUAUUGCAGUAUUUUGGAACUCUUUUAACUAGAGGAAAACUCAAUGCUUAUGAAUCAUUGGAACUGUCACGUUUAGUUGUAAAUCAGAACAAAAAGAAUCUUUUGGAGAAUUGGCUAGCAGAGGACAAGCUAGAAUGUAGUGAAGAGCUUGGAGAUCUUGUGAAGACAGUGGAUAAUGACCUUGCUUUGAAAAUAUACAUCAAAGCCCGGGCAACUCCCAAAGUUGUUGCAGCAUUUGCUGAGAGAAGGGAAUUUGACAAGAUUUUAAUAUACUCAAAGCAGGUUGGAUAUACACCCGAUUAUUUGUUCCUUCUCCAAACAAUUUUGCGGGCAGAUCCCCAGGGGGCUGUUAAUUUUGCUCUAAUGAUGUCUCAAAUGGAGGGAGGUUGUCCCAUUGACUACAAUACCAUCACCGAUCUGUUCCUUCAGAGGAACUUGAUCCGUGAGGCAACAGCCUUUCUGUUGGAUGUGCUGAAGCCGAAUCUACCUGAGCAUGGAUUCCUACAGACAAAGGUUUUGGAAAUCAAUCUUGUGACUUUUCCAAAUGUUGCCGAUGCUAUAUUGGCCAAUGGUAUGUUCAGUCAUUACGAUCGCCCACGUAUUGGUCAACUUUGUGAAAAAGCUGGUUUGUAUUUGCGUGCCCUACAGCACUACACUGAGUUGCCUGAUAUCAAGCGUGUCAUCGUGAACACACAUGCAAUUGACCCUCAGGCUCUUGUCGAGUUCUUUGGAACUCUUUCUGUAGAAUGGGCUCUUGAGUGCAUGAAAGAUCUUCUGCUGGUCAAUCUUAGGGGCAAUCUUCAGAUUAUUGUACAGACUGCCAAAGAGUAUUCUGAGCAACUGGGUGUAGAUAAAUGCAUAAAAUUGUUUGAGCAGUUCAAGUCCUAUGAGGGGCUGUACUUCUUCCUAGGCGCAUAUUUGAGCUCCAGUGAGGAUCCUGAUAUCCAUUUCAAGUACAUUGAAGCAGCUGCAAAAACUGGACAGAUUAAGGAGGUGGAGCGUGUGACACGGGAAUCCAAUUUUUAUGACCCUGAAAAAGCUAAGAACUUUUUAAUGGAAGCAAAGCUUCCAGACGCACGUCCUCUGAUUAAUGUCUGUGAUCGUUUUGGCUUUGUUCCAGAUCUCACCCAUUAUUUGUAUACGAACAAUAUGCUUCGUUACAUUGAAGGUUAUGUCCAAAAGGUCAAUCCAGGAAAUGCUCCUUUAGUUGUAGGGCAGCUAUUGGACGAUGAAUGCCCUGAAGAUUUCAUUAAAGGUCUUAUUCUAUCAGUUCGUUCUCUUCUACCGGUUGAGCCCCUUGUCGAGGAAUGCGAAAAGAGGAAUCGUCUUCGCUUGCUCACCCAAUUCUUGGAGCAUCUUGUGAGUGAGGGAAGCCAAGAUGUACAUGUCCACAAUGCUCUGGGUAAAAUCAUCAUAGAUAGCGGCAACAAUCCUGAGCAUUUUCUCACAACUAACCCAUACUAUGAUUCUCGUGUUGUUGGUAAAUAUUGUGAAAAAAGGGAUCCUACCCUUGCUGUUGUUGCCUACCGUAGAGGGCAAUGCGAUGAUGAACUCGUUAACGUUACAAAUAAAAAUUCUUUGUUCAAACUCCAGGCCAGAUAUGUUGUGGAAAGAAUGGAUGAUGAUCUCUGGGCUAAGGUCCUUGAUCCUGAAAAUGAAUAUAGAAGGCAGCUAAUCGAUCAAGUUGUAUCUACUGCCUUGCCUGAAAGCAAGAGUCCUGAGCAAGUAUCAUCAGCUGUAAAAGCAUUUAUGACUGCAGACCUUCCACACGAGUUGAUUGAGCUUCUUGAAAAGAUAGUGCUUCAAAAUUCUGCUUUUAGUGGGAACUUCAAUUUGCAGAAUCUAUUGAUUCUGACUGCCAUCAAAGCUGAUCCAUCCAGAGUCAUGGACUACAUCAAUAGAUUAGACAACUUCGAUGGACCUGCAGUUGGAGUAAUGGCCGUAGAAGCUCAGUUGUAUGAAGAAGCAUUUGCAAUCUUCAAGAAGUUCAAUUUGAAUGUUGAUGCAGUGAAUGUCCUGUUGGAUAACAUACAGAGCAUUGACCGAGCUGUAGAGUUUGCAUUCCGGGUUGAAGAAGAUGCUGUUUGGAGCCAGGUGGCCAAGGCUCAACUGCGAGAGGGAUUAGUGAGUGAUGCCAUCGAGUCAUUCAUCCAUGCAGAUGAUGCCACCCACUUUUUGGAGGUCAUACGUGCUUCUGAGGAUGCAGAUGUAUAUCAUGACUUGGUAAGAUACCUUCUGAUGGUCAGGCAGAAGACCAAGGAGCCGAAGGUGGACAGUGAACUUAUUUAUGCUUAUGCUAAGAUUGAUCGGCUUGGUGAUAUUGAAGAGUUCAUUCUUAUGCCAAAUGUUGCCAAUCUCCAAAAUGUUGGGGAUCGCUUGUUUGAUGAAGCCCUAUAUGAAGCAGCCAAGAUCAUAUUUGCAUUCAUUUCUAACUGGGGUAAACUAGCAUGCACUCUUGUGAAGCUAAAUCAGUUUCAAGGUGCUGUUGAUGCAGCUCGGAAAGCUAACAGCUCAAAAACGUGGAAGUUUGUUUGCUUUGCAUGUGUGGAUGCUGAGGAAUUCCGCUUAGCUCAGAUUUGUGGACUCAACAUCAUUAUCCAGGUGGAUGAUCUGGAAGAGGUCUGUGAGUAUUACCAGAACAGGGGAUGCUUUAAUGAGCUCAUUAGUCUCAUGGAGAGUGGGCUAGGAUUGGAGCGUGCACAUAUGGGCAUCUUUACAGAAUUAGGAGUUUUAUAUGCAAGAUACCGUCCUGAGAAGCUUAUGGAGCACAUUAAAUUAUUCUGUACCCGUCUCAACAUUCCUAAGCUUAUUAGAGCUUGUGAUGAACAGCAGCACUGGAAAGAAUUAACAUACUUGUAUAUCGAAUACGAUGAGUUUGAUAAUGCUGCAACUACCAUAAUGAACCACUCCCCUGAAGCAUGGGACCACAUGCAAUUCAAGGAUGUUAUUGUCAAAGUUGCGAGUGUCGAACUCUACUAUAGGGCUGUGCACUUCUACUUGGAAGAACAUCCUGAUGUUAUUAAUGAUGUUCUUAAUGUGAUUGCGCUUCGUGUGGAUCACACCAGAGUGGUGGAUAUAAUGAGAAAGGCUGGUCACAUCCGUCUGAUAAAACCAUACAUGGUUGCAGUUCAGAGCAACAAUGUAGCUGCUGUGAAUGAAGCUCUAAAUGAAAUAUACAUGGAGGAGGAAGACUAUGACAGGCUUUGUGAAUCAAUAGAUUUGCACGACAGCUUUGAUCAGAUAGGUCUUGCUCAAAAGCUUGAGAAACAUGAGCUUCUUGAGAUGAGACGCGUUGCUGCAUACAUUUACAAGAAAGCUGGUCGAUGGAAGCAAUCCAUUGCAUUGUCAAAGAAAGACAAUCAUUACAAAGAUUGCAUGGAGACGUGCUCACAGUCUGGUGAUCAUGAACUUUCGGAGGAACUACUUAUCUAUUUCAUUGAGCAGGGAAAGAAAGAGUGUUUUGCUGCAUGCCUAUUUGUUUGUUAUGAUAUGAUCCGGCCAGAUGUUGCUCUUGAGCUUGCGUGGAUGAACAAUAUAAUUGAUUUUGCCUUACCAUACCUCCUGCAGUUUAUCCGAGAGUACACAGGCAAGGUGGAUGAACUUAUCAAGGACAAAAUUGAAGCUCAAAACGAGGUGAAAGCCAAAGAGAAAGAAGAGAAGGAACUCGUUGCUCAGCAGAAUAUGUAUGCUCAGUUGCUUCCUGCUUUGCCUGCACCACCGGGAAUGGGAGGUUAUGCUCCACCACCAAUGCCACCAAUGCCACCAAUGGGAGGGAUGGGAAUGCCGCCAAUGCCCCCCUUUGGAAUGCCACAAAUGGGCCCCUCUUACUAAAUUUUGAGGCGGAUUGAGGUUUUACGAGUGCUCUAACAACUUCUACUGGCUAAAAGCUAGAAUUUCCGCAAUUCUCCAAUCACGCUGAAGGCAAUUCGUUUUCACACUUCACAUAUGGUUGAGGGAAAUGAAGGGUUGAGCUAGUUAUUCCCCCACUUUCUUGCCGGUUCAACAUCUUCGUAUGCUGCGUGUUUAUGGUCACGUUUUUAGAAGUUCUUUUAAAUUUACAGUAUCAAUUCUUUUUUGUUUGGCCUUUUGAGAGAUGUAGGAUGGCAACCGAGCUUGCACGUAGUUCAUGGCCAUGGUUGUGGCAACAUUGUUACUACCUGUAUAGGAAUUUUUUAAGAACUUGGUCUUGUUGGUGUCAAGAAACUUUUCAUUGGUAAAAUUCUUGUAGUAACAUUUCUCACUUGGUGCGCAAGGCAUUUCUGUCCAUUA